UCUCUUUCAACAUCCAAAAUGGCGGAACAGGAGAAGAAGAAGAUCAACCCUAUGCGUGAGCUGCGUAUUCGCAAACUUUGUCUCAAUAUCUGUGUUGGUGAAAGUGGUGACAGACUCACACGAGCCGCCAAAGUGUUAGAACAGCUUACUGGACAAACACCAGUUUUCUCAAAAGCUCGUUACACAGUGCGAUCUUUUGGUAUCAGAAGAAAUGAAAAGAUAGCUGUUCACUGCACAGUACGAGGGGAGAAGGCUGAAGAGAUUUUAGAAAGGGGAUUGAGAGUAAGAGAAUAUGAAUUAAGGAAAAACAACUUCUCUGAGUCCGGUAAUUUUGGAUUUGGUAUUCAAGAACACAUUGACUUGGGUAUCAAGUAUGACCCUGGUAUUGGCAUCUAUGGUAUGGAUUUCUACAUCGUGUUGGGAAGACCAGGUUUUAAUGUGAAGGACAGAAGAAAUAAGAAGGGAACUAUUGGAAGAAACCACAGAGUGACGAAAGAUGAGUCCAUGAAAUGGUUCCAACAGAAGUAUGAUGGUAUACUAUUGCCAGGCAAGAAGAAGUAGAGAACAAACCAUUUGUGCGGAAAUAAUGUGUUUAUUAAUAAAUAUUUCCUGAUACCACA